AUGCAGAAGACUCUUCCUCCAAAAUUUAAAGAUCCGGGAAGUUUCAUUACCGCUUGCACCAUUGGGAAUCAUGAUAUAGGGAAGGCUCUAGUUGACUUAGGGGCUAGCAUCAAUCUGAUGUCCUUAUCUAUGCUCAAGAAGAUUUGUGGUCUUGAGGUCAAACCUACGAGAAUGAUCUUGCAAUUGGAAGACAGAUCCAUCAAGCAUCCUUAUGGUGUAGUGGAAGAUGUUGUGAUCUUGGUUGACAAACUCAAAUUCCUAGUUGAUUUUGUAGUGAUGGAAAUGGGGGAAGAUGUAGAGAUCCCUCGCAUUCUUGGAAGAUCAUUCAUGAAGAUAGUCAAGGUUGUAAUUCAUGUAGAUGAUGGAGUUUUAACGUUGAAAGAUCAAGAUGAAGAGGUGACUUUUAAUGUCUUUGAUAAUGUGAAGACGAAUGAAGUAAAAUAG